AUGAGUACUUAUUUUUUCAUGAAGGACCUUGGUGAUCUGCAUUUGUCUCUGGGAAUGGAAGUAACAAGAUCAACUAGCAGCAACUCUCUACUUCUAACUCAGACAAAGUACACUGCUGAUCUGCUUGAGAGAACUGAUAUGCUUGACUGCAAGCCUUGCACCACUUCUGUUGCCUCUGGAAAUAGAGUAUCUCCGCAUGCCGGUGAACCAUUAUCAAAUCUAGCUGAGUAUAGCAGGAUUGUUGGAGGCUUACAAUAUUUAACUCUCACUAGGCCUGAUAUCACAUUUGCAGUCAACUAUACCUCUCAAUUCAUGCAUGCUUCAACAUCUGAACACAUGCUACUUGUGAAGCGUAUACUCAGAUACCUUAAUCACUCAAUGGGUUCAGGUAUUACAAUCUCUCCUGGUGAUAUCACUCAGCUUACAGGCUACUCGGACUCAGAUUGGGAUGGUUGUCCGGACUCAAGAAAGUCUACAUCAGGGUACUGUGUAUUUCUGGAUUCUACUCUGAUUUCCUGGCAAUCUAAGAAGCAACCUACGGUCUCAAAAUCUUUCACUGAAGCUGAAUCUAUGUUGUAA